GAGAGUAGAGAUUGUGGUGCUGUUUGACGCGUGCGGACCGUGACGUCACCUCCCCCAUAUUUGUAACGAGUCAGUUUACAGCGUCUACCUUUUAAAAUACACAGCCGGUAGCAUCUAAAUACACCCAAGCCGCGGUGAGCUAGUAUCGACAUGAGCGCGUUCGCGUGUGUGUGACACAGUAAGGCUUCAUUUCGUUCCGUUCCUCUUCCGGUCGGCCCAGUUAGCCGGUUAGCUAUUGCUAGGUAACGGUGGCUGUCAGCAGAUCAGCGGUUUUUAGGACUGAGACUGAGCCAUUAGUCAGGGCAGGUACUCAGAUGGAAAAUUCAGAGACCAGUCCUCCAUCGAGGCCCCUGGCAGUGCCGGACAGAGGCAUGCUGCGACCCUUGGGCCCACUCGGGCAGAUGUCAGAGUCACCCAGAGCCUGCAAGCACAAGGAGCGCCCGUCCAAGUCACCAAGGAAACGACGGGAUGGGAAGAGGUCGCAGCGACGGGGGGGCGAUCACGAACAGCUGCUGUGGGAGAUCGAGCGGCGGAGGUUGCCAGGUCAACCCGAGCACUUGGAGACAUGCGGCUCAGCGAGUGACGCAGCUGAAAGCUCGCCUAAGAGAAGAGCCCACUUUCUACAUGGACCGUAUCCAGCCACUCACUUUGGACCCAAAGCCUGCAUUCUUCCCAACCCAACUUCAGUCAUGCACAUCCAGGACCCGGCCAGCCAGAGGCUCACCUGGAACAAACCUCCAGUCAACGUGCUCGUCAUCAGGAAAAUCAGAGAUGAGAGCCUGGUUGAGCCUUUCAAAGAGCUCUGCAGGUUUCUGGUAGAGGACAAGCAGAUGAUGGUGUACGUGGAGCGCAGGGUCGCAGAUGACGCCACGCUGUCAAAGGAUGAGGCGUUUUGCUCCAUUCGUAAUCAGCUCUGCACCUUCAGAGAGGGUUAUGAUGAUAUCUCUGACUGCAUCGACCUCAUCAUCUGUCUGGGGGGUGAUGGGACUUUGCUCUACGCCUCUUCGCUCUUCCAGGGCAGCGUCCCUCCAGUUAUGGCAUUCCACCUCGGCUCUCUGGGUUUUCUGACGCCGUUCAAGUUUGAGUCGUACAAGACUGAAGUGGCCAAAGUGUUUGAAGGCAACGCGGCCAUCACUCUGCGCAGUCGUUUGAAAGUGAAGGUGGUGAAGGACAUGCUUCAGAGAACAGGAGAGCCGCCGUACAGCGGAGGGCCGCAGCAACAGCCUGAGCACAACGGACUCCUUCCUCACGGACACACCAACACCGAUGCUGGCAAGGUCACCUUGCAGCUACAGGUGUUGAAUGAGGUGGUGGUAGAUCGAGGUCCCUCCUCCUACCUGUCCAACGUGGACUUGUACCUCGACGGACGACUCAUCACCUCAGUGCAGGGAGAUGGUUUAAUUGUGUCCACACCUACAGGCAGCACAGCGUACGCAGCCGCGGCAGGAGCCUCUAUGAUCCACCCGAACGUUCCCGCCAUUAUGGUCACUCCCAUCUGCCCGCACUCACUCUCCUUCAGGCCCAUUGUGGUUCCUGCUGGGGUGGAGCUCAUGAUCACCUUGUCUCCUGAUGCCAGGAACACUGCCUGGGUGUCAUUUGAUGGCAGGAAGAGGCAGGAGAUCCAGCACGGAGACUGUAUUAAGAUCACGACAUCUUGUUACCCGGUGCCAUCAAUCUGUUGUCACGACCUGGUGUACGACUGGUUUGAAAGUCUGGCUCAGUGUUUGCACUGGAACGUACGCAAGAGGCAGGCCCGACUCGCAGACGCCUCAGACUCAUCAGACACAGAAAACUGACAUCCCGGUCGUUUUGUGUUUAAAAACAUUGAGCUGGAGCUCUCUGCAGCAGCCUAGAGAGAAUGAAGGGGUGACUUUUGUUCAGAGACGAGUUAAUCACCGGCCUGUCUUCAACCAAAUCAGUGUUGGAUCGGUCUUUUGAAAAGCAUGCACAGUCGUCAUUUACACCCCGAGUCAUCAUCACAUUACAUUCCGGCGAAUACACACACUGCAGAUUUUGUGUAGCUUCCAGAAACAAAGCAUGUUUCUUACCAAGGAAUGAAAAAAACAAGAUUUUAAUGAUUGCAUUAUGAUGCA